UUCUCCUAUCUGCGUGAACAGGGAUAAAUAGCAGAAGGUAUCUAACUUCUAUUCAAAUGUUGAAGGCAUUUUGAAUUUAGGUGUUGUUCUGAUCCUUCCAGAAGACUGGUUAACUAUGGAAAAUGUCAGUUUUCUUGAAUUCCAGUACAAGCCAUAAAAAAGCAGGAUAUUGCGAAAGCCAUCUCGCUUAUUCACCCGAGACAGACAGAAUUCUGGUUUGUUGCCUUCUUUCCAGCCAGAUUUGAGUGAACUGAGGUAUGUUUUUGAUAAGUUUGAUUCCAACAAAGAUGGAAAGAUUUGCCAGACGGACUACAAAGACAUGUUGAGAGCUUUGGGGCAGGGAAACAUCAUCAGUGAUGUGCCAAAGAUUUUCCAGGUGGUUGAUCUGGAUGGAGAUGGGUUUAUCAACUUCAAAGAGUUUGUGGAAGCGCACAAGAAGAGUGGAGGGGUUAGGAUAAUGGACAUACAUUGUGCUUUUCGCAUGUUUGAUCUGAACCAGGAUGGGAAGAUAAGCGCAGAAGAGGUUAUGGAGGUGUUAAGGAGGCUCGGAGACACACACAGCCUGGAAGAUUGCCGCAGAAUGGUGAGGGCAGUGGACACUGAUGGGGAUGGUGUGGUUGACAUGGAUGAAUUUAUAACCAUGAUGACUCAAACCAUGAAGUUCAGUUGAUGGGAUUUCCUGUAUUUCUAUUUUUAGUUUUCGAGAAGCAGAUUUCCUGUUAUCUGUAAGAUGUAUGGCUAGCUAGUAAUACAUAAGGAACUUUUCAUUGUGUAUAUAUCUAAUAUACAUGUCCUAACAAGGUGACUCAACUGUUUAAGAGUUUAAAAUUUUAAGUUAGAAAUCUUAUAUUCAAAUCUUAAGUUGGGUGGGAGGAAUUUAGAAAAAAAGAAAUGUUAUCCUCUUAU